CAUCGAGGGAUGCAAAAAAGAUAAGGCAGCUCACUGAUACAGAUACAACCCUUGUUUUUGACGACAUCCACAACAACCAAAAGCAAAUUAUCGAUAAAAUAAAAGAGACGAUACAAAAAUGUGCAUUCCUUGUUGUUUCACCAUCAGCACGUCCGAGGUUGGCGUUAUUGAACAGUGGGGAAAGUUUAAACGAUUGGCCAAUCCCGGCUUGGGAUUCAUCCUCUGUCCCAUGGAACAACUGGUUGGACGAUUGAGUUUUCGUGUGCAGCAAAUCGAUGUUCGUGUCGAAACAAAGACUUUAGACAAUGUCUUUUUAACUGCGGUUGUCUCUGUUCAGGUAUGUAUCGUUCUAUUGACGGAUACUCAAACCAAAGUCCUCCACUGCGAGGGAAUCUCCCACCCAAUUCACGACUCAUUUUGCUCGGAACAUUUUGGUGUCUCUCUUUCUUUUUGUCGUUCGUUGGUGAUUUGUUGCUUCAUACCCGAAUUAAUAGUAUCAAGUGUUGAGAGAAAACGUCUUUGAAGCCUUCUAUGCUUUGACGAAUCCGGCGCAGCAAAUUACGUAAGUUUUUGGUUUUCGACAGCUUCGCAUCCCUGAAGGAAUCUCGCUUGAAGAUCGGUUCGUUCUCGUUCGUGUCUUACUCAUGGUGCAAACUUUCUAAAUCUUGACGGAACCUUUUUGGACUAUUCCUUUGUUCAACAAUUUCAGGGCCCACGUCUACGACGUCAUGAGAGCCACCCUCCCAACACUCGAGCUCGACGCUGCUUUCGAAGCCAAAGAAGAAUUGGCCACCUCCGUGAAGAACGCCCUGUCGGAAUCAUUUACCUCGUACGGGUAUCAAAUUCUCCAAACUCUCAUCACCGAUCUCGACCCCGAUCAGCGCGUCAAGAACGCUAUGAACGAGAUCAAYUCCUCCAAGCGUCUCAAGUUUGCCGUCGCUGAAAGGGCAGAGGGAGACAAGAUCCUGCAGGUCAAGUCGGCCGAGGCCGGUGCCGAAGCCCUAUACCUGAGCGGUGUGGGUGUCUCUCGACAGCGCAAGGCCAUUGUCGAUGGGUUGCGAGCGAGCAUCGUUGAGUUUUCUGGCAAGACUUCCGCCSAACCCAAAGACGUUAUGGAUUUGCUGUUGCUGACGCAAUACUUUGACAUGGUUCGUGACGUUGGAAGUGCCAAACACUGCCGCACAACCUUCGUUCCUGGCAGCAAAACAUCCGCUGACCAGAUGCGCGCGUCCCUUUUGCAGGUUGAUGCAGCAACUUCAAAAUAAAUUGCGUAGGAACUGUUUCAUAGGAGCCGGUUCGAGGCGAACAUAGCAAUCCUGUUUUUCGCUAUACAUUGAAUUUUGGUUGAUGGAAGGAACAAGGAACAUUUAUAGGAUCUCUGUUUGGCUUUUAAACAUCAAAAUGCUACUGACUAGCCACUUGUUCGAUCCAAACGAAGUCAACCGGAUGCAAAGUACAGUGUGGUGUAGUACUGAAUGUAGAGAUGUUCUCACAAUCUAAAUCUUCCACUGUAAAUAUUUGUUUGAUGCAUUGGAGAUCAUAUUUUUUUCACAGGAACGAGAGUGRUGUAUUUUUCCGGCAUUGUACUUUUACCGGUGUUCUGUUGCUGUUUCCAAAUAAAGAUAAGAUAAAUUUGACUGAUUCCAGCUCCCUGUGAUACAGUAUGAUGAUUGCCACGUGGUGUCGUUUGUUGUUAUCCUAAGUGAAUAUAGUCGUCUGUAACUUCUAAUUGAUAUGACCUUUAUACGUACAAUCCAUUCUUUAAGCAAUCAACUUUUCAUAGUAGA